AUGCCAGCAACAAAACGCGGAGAAAAGUUGAUGCCGUCGACUCCUUCGUCGAAUCAAGCCGAUACGGCCGAUUUCCUCGCCGUUCUGAAGCAGCUCAACUUGCCGCCCCCGACUGCCUCGGUUGCUACGACAACUCAGCCCCCAGCAUUCAAGUUCUGGCGUACGCAACCCGUCAUGUCAUCUGACGAUGCCGAGUUGUUGCAAGAGCAUGGCUACUGCGACGAAUCGAUUCCAGUGUCUAGUGUCCGGGAGACACCGCUGAAGCUGCCCGACGGGUUUGUCUGGUCUGCAUUCGACAUCCACAACAGCGACGACGUCAACGACCUGUACAAGUUCUUGGCGGCAAACUACUGCGAAGACAGCGACGGCCGGUUCCGGUCCGAUUACUCUGUCGAGUUUCUAGUGUGGGCGCUGUCGUCCCCCCAGUACGUGGCCGACUGGCACGUUGCCAUCCGCCACCGCACGACGGGGAAGCUCAUGGCGUUCUUUGCCGGUGUGUACAAAGUCGUCCGAGUCCACCACGACGUGGCACCGACGUGCGAGACGAACUUUUUGUGCAUUCACCCCAAGCUCCGAAGCAAGCGGCUCGCCCCCGUGCUCAUCAAAGAAAUGGCCCGUCGAACCAAGCUCCAGGCGGUGUGGCGCGCCGUGUACACGGGGUCCUCCCACCUCCCAACUCCGGUGGCAACGACCCAGAUAUACCACCGCAGCCUCAACACGAAAAAGUGCGUCGAGGUCGGGUUCGCCCUCUGCCCGCCAAACGUAUCGCUGACGUCGCUGAUCAAAGCCCAACGGUUGCCCGAGUCGCCGUCGAUCCCUGGCUUCCAGCCCAUGCAGGUCCAUCAUGUCCCCGACGUGACUGCGCUGCUGGUGGCGCACCACACUCGAUUUGACCUCGCCCUUGACUGGACCGACGCCACCGUCGCCCACUGGCUCCUCCCUCGGCCGCACGUUGUGUCGUCGUACGUCGUUGUGGACCCCGCCACGAAUCGAGUGACGGACGUGUGCUCGUACUAUCACGUGCCCAUGACGGUCCUAAAGCACCCCCACCACACGACGCUGUCGACGGCGCAGUCGUUUUACAACGUUGCGACGUCCGUGCCGCUGCACGCGUUGGUGCAGGACCUCCUCGUGUCGGCAAAAGCAGAACGCAUCGAUAUUUUUAGCGCCGCCGACAUCAUGGACAUGGACCAAGUGCUGGCUCCGCUCGGAUUUGACGUCGGCGGCGGCCACCUCCACUACUACUUGUUCAACUGGCGAUGCCCGCGGAUGUCGCGUCGCCAGGUAGCGCUCGUCCUGCACUGA